UACAUCUCGCUGUACCGCCACUCGUCAAUGUAAUUUAGACACACGUAUGUAAGUACAAACAUAAUCGUCGUCGCGUUCUUUAGAUGUCGCAUUAUGUUAGGUUCGAUUGCCGCGAAUUUGUAAGAUGACAUUCGUACUUCGUUUGCUCAAGACUUACCCGAGGAAGUGUGCCGAUUCAAGGUGGCUUACGAGAACAGUAACGAAGUCGAGGUUACACUUGACUGCCGGCCUCUUACACGGCGAAUACGAGUAUCAAGAUCCAAAGUCCGAGGAUGAAAUUGUGAACAUAGUGUACAUUGAUAAAGAUGGCAAAAAAAUACCAAUCAGAGGGAAAGUUGGAGACAAUGUGCUUUACCUAGCUCAUAGGCAUAACAUUGAAAUGGAAGGAGCUUGUGAAGCUUCUUUAGCUUGCACAACAUGUCAUGUGUAUGUUCACUACAAUUACUUAGAUGUGCUCCCAGAAGCUGAAGAAAAGGAAGAGGAUCUUUUAGAUUUGGCACCUUGUUUAAAGGAAAACUCCAGAUUAGGUUGCCAAAUUAUUUUGACUAAAGAAAUGGAGGGUAUGGAAUUAACGCUACCUUCAAUCACUCGAAAUUUUUAUGUAGAUGGGCAUACUCCAACUCCUCAUUGAAAAAAUACCAUCAAAAGCAUUGUAAAUAUUUAAUUGAUGGAAUGCCACAAUUAGUUCCAUAAUUUUUGUAGAAUACCUUUGUUUUCAUCGUUGGCAAGAUAAAAUGAAAACCACAAUUUAAUUGUGUAUAUAUAU